ACAGCCCGUCAGGCCUGAACCUUAGGUAACCUUGAUUCCGGGACGGCAGCGGCAACAGCCCCCAACGCACGCGGCCUCGGCGGACCCCCCACCCGCAGCGCGUCCCGGUGCACGCCGGUCCCACUGCCCGCGCCCGCCGCCCACUCCUCAGCUGCGGCUCCGCUCUCGACAGCGCUGUUCGCUCGGCGGCCCCUCGGCCAGCACACGCCCAUGCUCUGGGCCAUCAGGAGAGCUAGCAAGCUUCUCCACAGCCUCUUUCCUGUCCCGAGAAUGGGCGACUCCGCCUCUAAGAUCGUCAGCCCACAGGAGGCCUUGCCUGGCCGGAAGGAGCCGAUCCCCGUAGCGGCCAAACAUCAUGUCAAUGGCAAUAGAACAGUUGAACCUUUCCCAGAGGGAACACAGAUGGCUGUAUUUGGAAUGGGCUGUUUCUGGGGAGCUGAGAGGAAAUUCUGGACCAUAAAAGGAGUAUAUUCAACUCAAGUUGGUUAUGCUGGAGGCUACACUUCCAAUCCUACUUAUAAAGAAGUUUGUUCAGGAAAAACUGGCCAUGCAGAAGUAGUCCGAGUGGUGUACCAGCCAGAACGCAUCAGCUUUGAGGAACUGCUCAAGGUCUUCUGGGAGAAUCAUGACCCGACCCAAGGUAGAUGAGUGAGCCAGUAUUUAAUUAUCUUACUAA